AUGACGAGCAACGACGAGUACAAGCGCAAGUUUAUACGGGCACGGAUGGCCGCCAUGACACAUUUAUCGACUGUUGCGAACAAUACCGGGAAUAACAAUGCGAAUUCGACAGUCGAUAACACACAUCCCAGUGCGCAACCUAUGAUAAAACUGCCGAAGAUCGAACUUAGAAAAUUUAGUGGGGACGUGAAAGACUGGCUGCCUUUCUGGUCGCAAUUCAAGAAGAUACACGAGGAUGCUGCCAUCAACAAAGGAAACAAGUUCCAAUAUCUUCUACAGGCGAUAACAGCACAGUCGCGUGCAGCCGAGCUAAUAGACAGUUUUCCUCCCAUGGAAGAAAAUUAUGACAGUGCGAUCGAGAGUUUAAAGAAUCGUUUCGGCCGAGAUGAAAUGCUUGUGGAAGUGUACGUGCGCGAGCUUCUCAAGCUAGUUAUGCAAAAUGUCCUGAAGCCGGAUGAUCGAAUGCCAUUGUCUAGUUUGUAUGAUAAGAUAGAGGCUCAGCUAAGAGCACUCGAAACGCUCGGGGUCACGUCGGAUAAGUGCGGCGCCAUGUUACUCCCGCUUGUCGAGUCCUCAUUGCCCGAAGAACUUUUACGUGCUUGGCAGCGUCAUCCAGUGCCGGUCGGGGCAGAUGGGGAACGAAGAGAAGAACGACUCACACAGCUGAUCAAGUUUCUGCGAUCCGAAGUAGAGAAUGAAGAAAGAAUAUCUAUCGCGAUGCACGGUUUCGAUUUGAAGAAGGAUGAGCCCAAAACAUCGAAACAAAAACAACGCUCGGAGCAAGCAAAAGGUACGCCGUCUGCUAUAAGCCUACACGCACAGGGAAAGCCGAAUAAACCGAUAGACUGUGUAUUCUGUGAAAAAGAGCACGCGAGUGUAAAGUGUGAAAAAGCGCGAAAAAUGACAUUGGACGAGAAAAAAUCGUUAUUACAACAAAAGAAUGCGUGUUUUAACUGUCUAAAAAUCGGUCAUCAGAGUCGCGUGUGUCGGGGUAGUCAAAAGUGUGCGAUGUGCAGUCGACGGCACGUGGUGAUAAUGUGUCCGGAUAUAAUCAACCGAGGGGAUGCAACGGUGUCAACUAAUGCAGACGAUGGAAAAGAAAAGGUACUGUCGAAUUCCAAUCAAACUAGAGAAGCGGACGUAAUUUUACAGACGUUACAUGCCAAGAUUCGUAAUGGCAAGGAAGAACGUGUAGUGUGGGUGUUUUUCGAUCAAGGUUCCACUCGAUCUUACGCUACUAAGGACAUUAUUCGUCAGAUGAAAUAUGAAGCGAUCAGUGAACACAAGCUCAAACACUCGCUUUUCGGAAACGUUACGUCUGCGGUCAAGAGUCAUAAGAAGUAUGUGGUUCAUCUGUGUAGUCUGGACAACAGUUAUUCGUGCAACUUCAAAGUGUUCGACGAAGAGGAAAUAUGCGCAGAAAUUCCUCUGUGGGAAAAACAACCAUGGAUGGAUGAAUUGAAGGAGAUGGACAUACAACUCACUGAUGGACCGUUUAAAUGCGACUACGCUGCACCGAUCAAAAUUCUCAUUGGGGCAGAUAUAGCAGGAAAACUGAUGACCGGUCGUACUAAACAACUCAGGUGUGGAUUGACAGCAGUUGAGACAAGUCUCGGCUGGACGCUGAUGGGCCAGGUUCCGAAUAUGUUACGGACGGUCUCGCCGAGCAGGCGAUUUCCAUGUUUCAACGUGAAGCCUGUGUAUCUGAUCUUUGGGAACUGGAUGUGA